AAAAUAAUCUCGAAAUUAAUUUCUGACAACCAUAUAGAUAAGGAUCAUUCUCGCGUGUUUUAGAGACGAAAAUGGUGGAAGCACCCAGUUUUCGGAUGAUCUGUGUUGCUGUCAUAACUUCAAUUGCAGGAUCAUUUCAUUUCGGUUUCAACCUGGUUCUAACUAAUCCAUCACAAGAAGCAUUCUUGAAUUUUAUGAAUCAAACAUUGGCAAAGCGAUUCGACGGUGGAUUGAGUGAUAACACAUUACAGAAUAUUUGGAGUUUUGUGGUUGCGAUUUUGUUUUUGGGAGCACUUGCUGGCUCAUUUUCAAUUCGAUUAAUUGCCGACUGGAUAGGAAGAAAAAAUGGAUUGUACAUUUCAAUUGCUGUAGGAGUUCUGGCUGGUGGUAUGUCAAUUGCAUCAAAAUUUAUACCACUAUUCGAACUCUACAUUGCUUCAAGAAUUGUAAUGGGGUGGUCAGUAUCUGUGAGUCUCGGUCUCUCGGCACUAUUUCUCUCGGAAGCAAGCCCGAAACAAAAUCGCGGUGCAAUUGGAAUGAUGACUGGAACUUGUGUUCAACUCGGAACUGUUUGUGGUUCAGUCAUCGCUAUGCCACAGAUUUUUGGAACUGAGGAUUUAUGGUGGCUGAUUUACGCGACAGAAAUCGGAAUCAUGCUUUUCUUCGGUGCUGCUCUCCCAUUUUUCCCGGAAUCCCCUGGAUUUCUGAUCCAACGAGGAGCAACUGAGGCUGCUACCAAGUCAAUUGCCUAUUACUACAACUGUGAGAUUGAUGAAGCCGAAAAACAUUUGAAUGAGAUCAAGGAAGAGCAGAAAAAUUCGACUAAGAAUUUCAAAAUGAUGGAUAUUGUACGAAAGAAGUCUCUUCGUGAUAAAGCAUUCAUUGGAGUUGUUGUCACAUUCGCCAUGUCUUUCAGUGGAGUUGCAGUCAUUAAUGCUUUUGCUUUUGACAUUUUGAAGGAUACUGGUUUGAAAGUUCUAGAAGCAUCACUUGCAAACGAUGCAAUUUCCGUUGUGAGCAUGAUAUCAUCAAUUGUUGCUGCUGUAAUUGUGGAUAGAAAUGGAAGACGACCACUUCUUCUCAUUUCGUUUGCAGGAAUUCUUGUCUGUAAUUUGAUUAUUUUUGCGUUGAUGUUCACGUUUUAUAAGUUUGAGAAUCAUGUUCUUGGAUUCAUUCUCAUCUGCUUCAUUUGUAUUUUCACGUUUUUCUUCGCUCUCGGCCCCGGACCUUUGUGCUAUUUUAUCAACGCCGAGUUGGUGGGACAAGCUGCUCGAAGUGCCGCGCAAAGUUGGGCCAGUGUUAUUCAAAUGCUCUCUCGAUUCGUCAUUGUCACCGCAUUUCUGCCAAUGAAAAAUCAACUUGGAGAAGCAUGGUCUUAUCUUAUUCUUUUCGUCGCCCCCGUCGCCGCAUCACUUGUUUAUUUGUACUUCUCGCUUCCAGAAACUAAAAACAAAAAUCCAUUUGAGGUGGAGGAAGCGAUUGAAGAUCUUCCAAAGUUCCCGUUAUGUGGAAAAAAUCGUGUAUAUGAUAGGAAACAAUCUCAAGAAAUGGUUUUGUCGAGGCAAAUGCAAUUAGUUGUAGAUUAUGGCUCGAUAGAAUCCUUAUCUUAUCGACUCUAGAUUUUCAAUUAAUUUUUAAAAGAACGAAAAUUAGAUGCUAUUCAAAUUAUUUGCGGGUAUUAUUAAUAAAUAUUCACAAUUCAC